UUACCUGAUACACUGUGAUGGUAGUUUUAUGGCGUUCUAGUGUUGUUCAUUUUUACGUUACCUUAAUUGGAGCAUUUUGUGCUCGUAGGCUGUGCUGGUAUGUACCCGCUGGUAUCAGAAACGUAGGUAUUGAUAAUUAAAUGGGAUAUGAUAAGACUAUCGUUGAUAUUGCGAGUCCACAGCCUGAAUCGAUCGUCUUUGUGAAGUGAGCAGCCUGAGGUUGAACUUCUAAAUCAAUCUCACAGAUAUGGCUUCGGGAGUUGAAAGACGGAGACAUUACUGACAUAGGGAUUACACAUAAGCCUGAAGUGAUGUUGAAUUAGUGCACCCCCUUGCAGCGGUUAGACGAGGCAGCGGAAUGACUCUCGUGCUCCCUAUAGCCACUUACAUCAACCCGUCCCCGGGGUUCUCAACGGGUAUCGACAGCCUUUUAGACACGGGGGAAAUCGGGCUUGAGUGGGCAGCUUCAACCCACCCCGUCACUAACAACGAGGAGACCGACAGAGAAUCGAACAAAGCACAUAAUUACACUGGUAGUGAAAGGAGUGUGUACACAAGUGAUGAGUGCAGGCCAAUUCAUGCGGGGAUCAAGAGAAAACUGAAAUUAAGCCGGGAAGAGCAGGAGGAAGAAAAUGACUUUAUACCUCCCGCCAGGACGCGGCGCAUUUCUCCCCUUGACAACACUCCUAAACAACGUAGAGACGAGAAGAAAAAGAUAUAUAAAAUGUCCGUUCAGAAACUACGGCAAAUUGACGAUCCGGAGAAAGUUUUACAUCGAGCUGUUUUGAUUAACAAUACAAUGAAAAGAAUGCAGAAGGAGAUACGCGACGAGAAAAAAUGGCGAGAAAUGGACUACGAUACUUAUAAUGAUAUUUAUUCAAGGAAACGUUCUUGGGCUCGUGACUUCCAUCAACCAGAGGAUUCUUUCCUCACUUCCAUAACCGAAGAAUAUAAUAAAACUAUCCUCUCCAGUACAUCAACAACACGUUCAGCAGCAUGUGAUAAUGAAUGCGUGGAUGUUGUCAACAACAAUGACUGGGACAAGCAAAUAAUCGACUGUGUCAAUGGCUCCGAGUCACAAGAAAAGAUAAUAGAUGAUAAAUGCAUAGCCCAUACUGAGACGCCGCAGUGUCCUACCGAUCACACCGACGGAACUAAACUGCCGCGCGAUAACACAGAUAAAAGAAGUGUGUCACUGACUUUUGACAGCAAUGCUAUAUGGAAUAACAUAUCAGGCUCAAUAGGUGCAACUCAGGUGACACCACCCAAUGAUGCCAAUUCCACGGACUUGGAUGUAUUAUCUUGCAAUUAUAUGCCAUUAAAGCAUAGCACAAUGGCCUCAGCUGAAUCCUUCAGUGACAAGCAAAUUUAUUCCGAGAUGGAAGCUGUUCUUAAAAGUCUAGUUCAAGCCCUCGAAGGGACGUAAGCAAUUCCCCCCCAAAGGCAACGUGACAUUAUUGCUAAUUCCUGUUCUAAUUGAUUACCAGGUUUUCCUAAGGAAACUUAUUCAGUUACACAUCGCACGGACCUUAUCAUGAUUAUUUGAUAUGUAAGGCCAUACCUUACCACCGUUAAAUUCCAUAUAUAUACCUGUGAGCGGACAGGAAAAAAUACUUAAGGACCCACGACUGCAUAUCAUACUGAAUACAGUUCAAAGAUAUUUAAUCUGAACUUAUUUAUAGCUCACAUAUUCGAUUUAUUAUUCAUCAAAUGAAAGACAUUCUAUACUUCAUUUCUGCAAACCAUUGCAUGUGCUAUCAUGACAAGUUUAGAAUAAGAUAUCAAUAAAUUAUAUCA